UUGACAUGGAAAUACAUUUGCACUCUUCUAACUGACGAUUUUUGCAGUACCUUUCAUAAAUAUCCAGUUUAAGAGAAAAUGUAAUUCUGGCUUCACAAUUUAUAAUAAGGAUAAUUUAAUUUUAUUUAUAUAUUAUUAUAAUAUUAUAGACUGAACAAAAAGCCACCAAGUGAAUAUAUGUGAAGUUUGCUAAUUAUUUAUUUACUUAUGUAGUACGUAUCUUAUUUUGCCCUUUUGUGUUUUUAAACGGUCCCUUAUGCUCUUUUUUCUUUUCUACUAUCAUUUUCUCUUUGUUUUAUUCGCAGUGUUAAAAAAUGGGAAUUAAAAUCAAUGUAAAUUGGAAAAAAAAAAUGAGAAUGGCGUUUUUAUGUUUAGCUUUUUUUGUUCUUAUACAGUUUAAAUGAUGUAAUUGCUCAAUUUCAUAAAAAAAAAGAGGUCUAGAAUUUUAAUAUCUUAAUUUUAAUAUCUGGAUCUGUGAAUGUGGCACCUGGCAAGCAACAGGAUCCGAUUUAUUACUUCUUUUUUUUCUUGCAGUGUUGUUAAUUUCGAUUCUCUUCCGGGUUUUGGACUAAAAAGAGACCCCGAACACUAGACGGCAGCAACAACACAUUAUUGCAGUAAUCACACAGACGACAUGUUUUCAGUGCUGAAGUAUGUAUUUACCCCUUUCGCAAGAAACGCUCUUGCAAAAAUGCACUACAGUUCGGGGGUCAGCAUUAGGCUUUUGCCCAGUUAUAAGUGCUCUUUUGAAGACCCAGUGCACGUGACCGUGAGUGGCUUAAAUCCACAACAGCCCGUGGAUCUGCGCUCUAAAAUCACGGAUGAAAAUGGACUUGUAUUCAAGGCUUCGGCCACCUACCAAGCAGACGGCAGUGGUCAAGUUGACCUCAACCGCGACCCUUCUCUUGGUGGAAGCUUUACCGGAGUUGAACCAAUGGGCUUAUUCUGGGCACUAAAAGCAGACGUCGUAAGCUGCAAGUUUGCCCUAACGGACGUUACGCGCCCUGCUCUCGUUGACAUUGAAUGUGUCAGUGACGAUAAAGUCAUCGCCAAAGUAACAAACGAGAGACACUGCAUGACCGAUGGUGUACGGAGAAUCCCUGUAACCGAAGGCAGGAUCAGGGGAACUCUUUUUAUGCCACCUGGUAAAGGACCAUUUCCUGGGAUUUUGGAUACAAAUGUGUUUAGAGGAGGUCCUUUUGAGUUGAGGGCAGCUCUGCUGGCAAAAAGAGGCUUUGCGGUUUUUGCCUUGGCUUUCCAAGGUUACCAAGAUUUACCCAAAAGAGCUGACAGAUUUCACCUCGAGUACUUUGAAGAAGGUAUAGAUUUCCUGCGACAACAGCCAGAGGUCAAAGAUCAAAAAAUUGGUCUAGUGUCCAUAUCAAAGAGUGGAGAUCUCGCUUUGUCAAUGGCAACAUUCCUGUCUGGUAUAUCGGCCACUAUUUCGAUCAAUGGAUGCAAUGCCAAUACAAUAAUUCCACUCUACUAUAAAGACAUCUGUGUUCCACCCCUCAUAUUCGAUGUUAAGAAAGCAAAAAUGACACCGUCAGGCCUUAUGGAUAUUAGGGAUGUCCUGAAUGACCCAGUGUCCAAAGAAGGCCUUCCUAGCGUUAUUCCCAUUGAGCGCGCCUCUGGUAACUUCAUGUUUAUAAUGUCAGAAGCCGACAGGAAUUGGCCAAGUGCCUAUUAUGCAAAACUUGCAUGCGACAGACUCAAAGCACACGGGAAAAAUAACUAUGAGCUGGUGAGGUAUGAAAAAGCGGGUCACUUUAUUGAGGUGCCUUAUAUGCCCUUUUGUCUCGCUAAUUAUCAUGCUGUACCUAACCACGUGGUUUUCUUUGGCGGGGAACCCAAGGCUCAUUCAGAAGCACAGUUGGACGCAUGGGCGAGGAUGGUGAAUUUUUUCAAAAAACACUUAGCGGCUGCUGAUCACAACUGCAGAUCUAUGCUGUAAGAAAAAGGGCAUGUAAAGUACAUAAUAGUUAUGACAUCCAGUUAUAAUGUUGACUUGCAUUUCUAAUGUAGUUAUCAAGUAUUAAAAAAAAGAUCAAACUUGUGAUAAUCGUUGAUUUGCGUCUAAAUCUACUGAUAUUUAUAUCAUUCAUACAAAGGAUGGAGAAAUUGUUUGUAAAAUCAAACUGUUUAGUAUGUGUGUUUCUGUAUCACUGCUUUAUGGAAAGAGCAGCAUUUUUUUUUUUGUAACAAUGUUCAAUUCUUUACUGUCACUGUCAAUUUAAAAUUCUUUGCUUUAUUAAUUUAAAAAAAAAUGUUCUGGACGGUAAUGUACUCUCACUGCUGUGCUGCAUUUUCACAUUAAAACUUAAAAUUGAAUUUUUAAAUCAUAAUACACACUUUUCUGCUGCUGUUUAUCUGCAUUCUCUCUGUCAGUAUCUACACUAGGUCUGUUUUACUGUGUUUUAUAAGCCUGCAUUUCAGCCUUAGUGAAACGUAAAAAAACAGGUUGUUUUCCUCUUCAGUAUUUUCUUCCCUGGUAAAUGUUUGUCUAGAUAAGCUUUCCAUCAGGGUAAAGACUCUGUGAUGGAGAAAUGCAACCAUGGGUAUUGGUUACAAGCAAGUUACUGUAUUCACUUUACACAUACUGGAGCUUCCAAUAAAAUACAAUUAGAUAUCUUGA